CAUCCCUGCUUCCACAGGAGCCUGAGGCUGGGGGACCCCAAGCUCUGGUCUUCUGCUGCUGUUCCUUCCUCCUUUUCCUCCUGGCUGCCCCCUGCCAGGAGCCCAGCAGCCAAAAAUCUUCAUUUGUUAUGGAACCAUGUCUGAUUCAGUGGAUGACGUGCCCUGCAUGAACUUUGAAGCCAACAUAUUUGCAAAGAGCCUGUGUCAGCACUGUUUCCGAACUGCAGGGGCUCACCAGCAUGCUACUGAGGAGCAUGCUGUGGAGGUCACAGGGCGUGAUGCCUGCAGCAACCCAGAUCCAGGAGAGCCCUGGGACGCCCUCCAUAUUUUAGCCCCACAGUGCGAGGUGUACGUGUGCGUGGGCCCAGUGGAGGGGACAGAGCGCUGGCACGAGAGCAGGCGAUAUCCCCCACUCAGCCCCGGAGCUGAGAGUGAGCACAGAGAAACUGGCACCGACCCUAGCACCUGUGCUGAAGCCAACUCCACGCUUGCCAGGGUGAGAUGGGGAUCUCUUGCGGUUUGGGUUAUUCUGGUCUCCCCAGUCCCUUUGGCCCUUCAAUGUCACUUCUGCUGGGCACAUUCAGAGGGUUUCUGCGCACGCCGACAGGUUGAAUUCACCCCUCUGGCUCUCCCGCAGAAAGAAAAAGGAGCCCAUCAUGUGCAGGGAGUUGGAUUUGAUGGUCCUGAUGGGUCCCUUACAACUUGUGACAUUCUAUGAUUCUAAGGUCCUGAGAUGCAAGGGGGGGAUCAGCCGAGACUCUUAGUCCCCACAAAGGGGGCUCUCCCCCUAAAGAGCACAUGAGAUUCACUCUUGGAUUCCCCCAUGUGGACUGUCUAUGCUGUUUCUUGUCGUUGUUGGUCUGGGGUCAUCUUACACUCACGCAGCUGCUUUUCUGGUUUCUUUUUACUGGCAGCUUUGGGUUGAACAGGUUGUAACUUCUCAUAUAUGCUCGUACAUCCUUCCAGCCCACAAAAGCUACUGGUCCCCCUUGCAGAUAUCUGCCCUAUUUUGUCUCCCAGGAAGGGGAAAUGACCCGGUUGUGGGACAACACUUUGGGAUCAGGCAAACGGGACAUGAUGAGCUACAUGGGCCAUAAGGAGGAGGUGCGGUCUCGAGCCCCUCAGGCAGAUAGACCCAGGUGGGCUCAGCCCGUUCGCUCUGGAUCCUGGGUAAGAACUGAAGCCCAGGGCUCUAGGAAAGAAAUCUGCCCACUGAAAGCAGGUACUCUUGCUUGUUCCCGUGUGAGAUUCUAGUUCUGGUUUGCUUUCUACCCAGGGGUCUCUGAAGUUCAAAGCAGAUCUCUAUUGAGAUUUAGCAUCUCUUUAUCCAGUUGUGGUCCCAGAAGGUGUUCGACACCUCCAUGGGCACCAUGUGAGAGUCCAUCUCUGUGUGUGCUGACCACAAACCCUGGAUCUCUCAGGUGUUCUCUCAGGUGUUCUCUGUUUGCAUGGUUUGGCAUGCCCUUGGCUCGCAGUGCUGUGUCCCAGAGCUCCCACCCUGCCUGGAGGGAGUCUGGGUUUUAUCUCUCCCCUCCUGGACCAUUUCUAGCUCUCCUCCGAAGACCUGCUUUGCCGUGGACGUGGUGGCAUCCCGUGUCGCUCGUGCCUCCCCCAGUAACGGCCUUCUCCCCGUCCCAGAGCACCGUCCUGCCAGCCAGAAACGUGAGGAAAUCUGGCCGAAACACCGGAAAACUGACCCUCCCUGGGCAUCUACCCUGCCGCAUGCCCCAGCAGGCUCCCCAUCGGCCCGCAGCAACCCCUUUGGUGGCAGUGGGCACCCUGCUGGGUCUCGGGUGCGGGAGUCCCGUGGGCACCCCAGCAGUGGGGGCACAGAGGGGCGGCACGGGCUGGAGAGGCAGGAGUACACAGUGCUGGCAGACCUGCCCAAGCCCAAGCGCCUCGCACAGCGGGAUGCUGUUGACCGCUACGGUUCCCGGACACUCAGCCCUGGCCGAGUGGAGGUGGAGAGGAUAUUUGGCUGCGAACGCAGGAAAUCAGAGACGCUGGAGGCCUUCCAAGCUCUGGAGGAGGGCCGUGUGGACCGGCUCGAUGGCAAGACACCAGUGCCACUCAGCAAAGGCCACCUAGUUCGGAGGCAGUCCAGCCCCAGCCUGCCCAGGGAGAGUCAGCGAGUCUCCUGGCACUUUGAGCAGCGCAGCAGAGACCCCAAGGAGCCCCUGCGCUCCCCCAGCCCAGCUCGGCACUCUGAAAAGGCCAGCAGAAAGCGAGGGGACUCCCCGUGCCCUGCCAGCCCUGGCUGGCUGGAGAGAGGCAGCCGAAGCCCACGCUCUGCAAGCCCAGCCCACAGGUUGGAGAAGAGGGCAGGGGAGACCGUGAGCCCCCCCUGUCGCUCUGAGAAAAGCUGGAGAAGCCGAGGGGAGCCUGGCCGUCCCCCAAACUCAGAAAGGGGCCGAGCCACUUGGCAGGCAGGGAGUAUACGGCAAACACCGGAGAAGAAGAGCCGAGGGGACUCCCUGCACCCCACAGGUGUUGGGAAGGUCUCAGAUAACAGCAGGCUGAGCUGGGCAGGGCCACCCCCACAGUCCCUCAGUCCUGCAAGAUGUAUGGAGAGCACGAGGAAAAGCCAAAAGGAGAUCUCCCCUCCCAGUUUGGUGCGGGGAGCAGAGAGGCAACGGGUGAAGCCAGGGGAGCCACUGCACAUUUCAGGGCCCAGGAAGCCAUCUGAAUGUGGCUGGCAGAGCCUGCGGGAAAAGCUGACAUCCUCCCAGCCUGGAAAGGGUACCAGCAGUGACUGGAAAGGCCGAGGCAAGCCCCUGCGCCCCACGAGUCCAACACGACCACUGGAGCAGGACUGGAAGGGUCGGGGGGAUGUCCACCAAGCACAGGUGUGGGAGAAGGACUGGAAGCGCCAAGAGAUGACCGUGUGCCAUGCAGAUGUGAUGCGCCAGCUGGAAAGAGACUGGAAAAGCCCCGCUAGAGGUCUGGAUGUAGGACUACGGCCAGAUGACAGCUGGAAAAGGCCUGAGAGCCCAGCGCAGCAUCUGGAGGAGGACUGGAAGGGUCCUGAGCACACCCGAAACACAAACAACCCAGAGAAGCCAUUGGAAAGUGACUGGGGGAACAAGAGUCUUCUCAUUUACCAUCCCCAGCUGGGUGGAAGCACCUUCCCACUGCAAAGCAGCACCAGCUCCUCAGGAAGCCCGCAGCCACAUUUGAAUGCCACUAAGAAGCACAAGCCGGAUCUCCUCAAUUUCAAGAAGGGAUGGAUGUCCAUCCUGGAUGAGCCGGGAGAGUGGAAGAAACAUUGGUUCGUGCUGACCGACUCGAGCUUGAGGUAUUACCGGGACUCGAACGCAGAGGAGGCUGAUGACCUUGAUGGAGAAAUUGACCUCCGCUCCUGCACGGAUGUGACAGAGUUUGCAGUGCAACGCAACUAUGGCUUCCAGAUACACACAAAGGAUGCCGUCUUCACCCUGUCAGCGAUGACCUCGGGCAUCCGGCGCAACUGGAUCGAGGCCCUGAGGAAGAAUGUGCGCCCAGUCAGUGCUCCAGAUGUCACCAAGCUCUCUGACUGCGAUAAGGAGAACUCCUUCCGUAACUGUGUUCCCCAGAAAGGCUCACUCCGGAUGGAGGAGCAGCGGCCAGGCUCGGGCUCAGGCUCCGAGGGGAACUCGAAGGGCAGUCACUGGAAGGCAGAUGGGCAGCGCCAUGCCUUUGAUUAUGUGGAGCUGUCUCCCUUGCCACAGGACCCCGGGAAUCAGGGGUCCUCACAGAGGACAAAAGGGAGCUUGAGGAUCUCCGACCGAACUCCCAAGUACGAGGAGCUGGAGCGGGAUCUGGCCAUCCGUUCGGAGGAGAGGCGGAAAUGGUUUGAGACCCCUGAUGGCAGGGUCACAAACAGCGAUGGCCCAGCAGGGGACUCUUCCCGCAAGGUCGGGGAGCAGGACCUCCCCCCUCCACCACUUUCAGAGGAACAGCGGAUUCAUCUGAAUGAGGAGAUAGAGAAGAAGUGGCUGGAGCUGGAACGCCUGCCUUUGAAGGACUUGCAGCGAGUGCCCUUGACAGCACUGCUGAACCAGAGCAAGGGGGGCCAUGGAGACACCAAUGAGGCACUGAAAAAGGAGAUCCAGUCACUGCGGGCACAGCUGGAGUCCUGCCGGGCCAGAAAUGAGAGUCUUCGAGAGGCAGCAACAUCCCAGGGAGACAGCCAUGUGCCCCGAGGGUACAUCUCACAGGAGGCCUGUGAGCGUAGCCUGGCUGAGAUGGAGUCAUCCCACAAGCAAGUGAUGGAGGAGCUCCAGAGGCACCACCAGCGGGAGCUGGAGCGACUGCGGCAGGAGAAGGAGCGGCUUCUGGCAGAGGAGGCAGCGGCGACAGCAGCAGCCAUCGAAGCACUGAAGAAAGCCCACAGGGAGGAAAUGAAUAAGGAGCUAGGCAGGACACGAAGCUUCCAGCAAUGCAGCUCUCUCCCAGAAGCCCUCCAGAAGCAGCACCAGUUGGACGUGGAUUCCCUGAAGCGGGAGCUGCAGGUGCUUUCUGAGCAGUAUUCCCAGAAGUGCCUGGAAAUUGGGGAGCUCACCCAGAAGGCAGAGGAGCGGGAGCAGAUACUGCAGCGCUGUCAGCAGGAGGGGAAGGACCUCCUCCGGAAAAAUCAGGAGCUGCAGACCCGCCUCUCGGAUGAGAUCGGGAAGCUGCGGAGCUUUAUUUCAUCACGGAGCUCUGGAGACCGCUCUUCGCACAACAAUGAGCGGAGUUCCUGCGAGCUGGAGGUGCUGCUGCGAGUGAAGGAGAACGAGCUCCAGUACCUAAAGAAAGAGGUGCAGUGCCUCCGGGAGGAGCUGCAGAUGAUGCAAAAGGACAAGAGAUUUGCCUCAGGGAAAUACCAAGAUGUCUAUGCAGAGCUGAAUCACAUCAAGGUGCGCUCAGAGCGAGAGAUCGAGCAGCUGAAGGAGCACCUGCGCCUGGCCAUGGCGGCUCUGCAGGAGAAGGAGUCGCUGUGCAACAGUGUCGGCAAGUAACGGUCUGCUCUACGUUUGUUAUCUGUUCUAGUUUUGUAUUUGCUCCAUUCCUCACUUGUGGGGAGAGGGAGGUUGAAUCCCAUCCGUUAUCGCCUUGGCAAGGAAUCCCACACACCCCCAACCUCCUCACUCCCUUCCCAAAGCUUUUUGGAAGAACCCUUUUUGCCUGCAUACCUGAGCACAUUGUUUGGACUGGCUCCUUACAUGCACCUUCUUCAGGAUUUUUAUAUGUGAAAAUUAUAUUUUAUAGAGGAAUUUUUCCCCCACAGGAAGAAGGGGAAGAGGAGGAGGAAAACUUUUAUUACAUCACCAGCAUUUUUCUAACCUGAAAAAGAGAAUCUGUUUUUUUUUCCCCCUUCCCCAACCCCAUUGCUCCCAGCCACACAGCCACCUUUGGCACGUAUUCCCUCUCUUCCAAAUGUCUCCACGGUCCCCUGGGAUGUACGGCAAGGACCAUGCUUCCCCUCCCCGUGCCACCCCUCAGGACCUGCGGAGAAGACAUGCAAGCCAUAGGAGGGAGACGCUGGGGCCACCUGCCAUGGAUGUGCUUGCCUGGGACAUUUGAAAGAGGACACCUUGGCAAGAGUCCGCAUGAUCAAGCUCUCUCCGUAUCUGCCCUUUUGGCUCCUUCAAGAACCCGCGUUGGCAGGAGCCCAAAGCCACGGGGCUUCUCCUUUCUGGAGAAGAGGAGCUGUGAGGCUGCUACUGCACCCGCCGGAGCCAACCUCCCCAAGGUGGCAGCUGCUGCUGCUCUGCUGUACCCUUCAACUUUUAACUUAAUAAAAUCUUCCCCUUUCGCUGAGAAAAA